AUGCUACUGGCUGUGGAGGGAGGAGGUUUUUUCUCAUCAUCCGCAUCAGGAUACAGCCAUGGCCUUGCACUUUUGUUGCUCGGCCGGAGAACUGAGGAGCAGCCUGUAAGGGCAUCGUCCUGGAAUCACUAUCGACUAGUCGAUCGGGAGGCUGGGCAUGGGGGGCCACUGCCUCCAACAAAAGACGAUGUUCCUGGUAAAUGUGCUUCCUUCACCUGCUUUGGCUGCACACCUGCUAGGCUUGAGGGCGCAUCUCCUCCGAAAUUGAGCUCAAGUAACACGCGGCAGCAAUUAUCCAGUUCCACAAGCAGGAAAGGAACAGCCAAUGGUUCCUCCAUAAACGGAAGCGGGAGAAAAGGCUGUCUUAAGAGUAAUUCGAAAAGGGACUCGUCUGACCGCGGUUCUAUUGUUAGUGACAGCGAGGAACAACCACGGGAGUCUCUGGAGGAGGUGCAAACCUUGAAAACUGGUAUGGAGCGGAGGAAAGUUCACUGGACUGACACGUGUGGGAAAGAACUUUUUGAGAUCAGAGAAUUUGAAACAAGCGACGAGGGUUUGUCGGACGACGAGGGGGAGAAUGAUGGCUACAAGAAAUGCGAGUGCGUGAUCCAGUAG